AGUAUGAAAUAAUUUUCUUAUAAAAUUCCAUAAUCCUCUCUCUCUUUUUCUUACUUUUCAAAAAGUUGGUAAGACAUAGACACCCUUUGAUUUGCUUAUGUUUUACACUGAAAACACAAUCACAGAAUCUCUCUCUCUCUCUCUCAAUUCAUUCAUUCUUUCAUCUAUGUACACUUCCCACCUCUUACUACUACUACCAAACCAUGCAAAUCACAAACCAUGUGCCUUAUUACAUUUUUACCCCUCAAACAUUUCUUAAUUCACAUCUUCAUACCCCUCUCUCCAACAAUUCAACACAAAAACAGAAACAUCUUCUUUAACUUCUUAUUCUCGUGUUCAUGGCUUUUUCAAACAACAUCGAAGCAAUUUUACAAUUUCUAAGAAAAAAUGGAUUAUCAGAAGCAGAAUCUGCUCUCAAACAAGACAUCAUUGAAAACAACAACAACAACACUCAUGUUGAAUUUGAUGUUGAUGUUGAUGUUGCUUCCUUUGACUACGAGAAAUUCUUCUUUCCUAUGGUUCCUCCUCCUCCUAAAGUUAGAGUCCGAUCAUUUUCACGGCCGCCGGAGUUUGUCUCCGGCGACGGUCAAUUCUUCAAAUCCAACUCUGUUUCUUCUGAUGAACAGUUUGUUAGCAUCGGUUCUUAUACUUCUCGUUCUCGUGUUUCUUCUUCAGAAUUCAUCAAUCCAUAUGGAAUCAAUUCAUCAUCUCAGACUUUGAAUGAUUCUGAAUCUUCAUCGGAUAGAUUGUCACAAUUCGGCACAGCGCGUGAUUAUCACGAUUUCGAUAUGCAACAUGAACCAUAUUGGUAUAAUGAAAACGAUGAUGAUGAUUUCAUGACUCCUGAUUUUGAAGGACCGGAUUUCUUUGCGUGUCAAAGUGAAGAUAAGUUCGUUACAGAAAAAAACUACGAAGAAAUUCGAUUAAUGGGAAAUGAGGGUUACAUGGACAAGCCGAUGAAACCUUGCAUUUGUAAUCACUCAUCUGUAAGUGAUGAAAAUGUGAAUUAUUCGAAAGAUUACUGUCAUGAGUCCGAGAAAGAUGGUGUUGUGCAUAAUUGUGAUGUUCCGUUUUGCAAAAGCAGUCCGGUUUCGGUUGGUUCUUGUAGCGAAGAUCCUAUAAACUUUAGCUACCCUAAUUUGAAGGAAAUUGAUCUGAAUGAUUUUCAUCUGAAGGAUAUUAUUAAGUCUUUCGAUUCUGCUCCAUUGCUUACCGUGAAACAAAGUUUCGAUUGCUACACUAAAAAUGAUAGUGGUGAGAGGUACAAGGAUCCCUAUGACUUAACUAUCGAUGUUGCUGAAACAGAUCUACCGAAUGGGAUUGACGCCUAUGAAGUAAGAGAUGGUCAAGAGUUGAGUGAAGAAUUACAUGUUCCAGAGGUUGCUACAGAUGGAGAGGAUAAUAAUAAUAAUAAUACUGAUGAUGAACUCUUAAAAUACAUUCAAGACGAUGAAUACGAAGUAUUUGAGCUAAGAGUUGUUCAUAGAAAGAACAGGACCGGAUUUGAAGAAAACAAAGAAGUGCCAAUUGUGAUAAAUUCAGUCAUGGCGGGCAGGUACUACAUAACAGAAUAUCUCGGUUCGGCUGCCUUUAGUAGGGUUGUUCAAGCUCACGAUCUUCAGAUGGGAAUCGAUGUUUGUUUGAAGAUUAUUAAAAAUGACAAGGAUUUCUUUGACCAAAGUCUAGAUGAAAUCAAGCUUCUGAAACUGGUCAAUAAGCACGACCCCAGAGAUAAACACCAUAUAUUGCGUCUUUAUGACUAUUUCUACCAUCAGGAGCAUUUAUUCAUUGUGACCGAACUUCUGCGUGCGAACUUGUAUGAAUUUCAAAAAUUUAACCAAGAAUCUGGAGGGGAAGCAUAUUUUACAUUACACAGAUUGCAGCUCAUUACUCGACAAUGUUUGGAGGCAUUGCAAUAUUUGCAUAACUUGGGAAUUGUUCACUGUGACUUGAAGCCAGAAAACAUUCUAAUCAAAAGUUACAAAAAAUGUGAAGUAAAGAUUAUUGAUCUCGGAAGCAGUUGCUUUAAAACAGACAAUCUGUGCCUAUAUGUACAAUCCCGAUCCUAUAGAGCUCCUGAAGUGAUGUUAGGCCUUCAAUAUGAUGAAAAGAUUGAUAUAUGGUCACUCGGCUGUAUUUUGGCUGAGCUAUGCUCCGGUGAAGUGCUAUUUCCAAAUGACUCAGUUGUGAUGAUUCUCGCGCGCAUGAUUGGAAUGUUUGGUCCUUUUGAUAUGGAGAUGUUGGUGAAAGGGCAGGAAACGCACAAGUAUUUCACCAAAGAGUAUGACAUUUACUUUGUGAAUGAGGAGACAGAUCAACUAGAGUACAUAAUUCCAGAAGAAUCGUCAUUGGAGCAGCACCUACAGAUCACUGAUAUUAUGUUUAUCGACUUUGUCAGUUACUUGCUUACUAUCAACCCCAAAAGAAGACCUACUGCAAGACAGGCACUAAAACAUCCAUGGCUUUCUUAUGAUUACACUUCCAUGUAACAUUCAUUCUCUGGUGUGAAGAUUCAAUAAUUCUGUUGGAGUUGUCAAUGAGUCUCUUCAGCUUUUUUUGCAAAUUUUGCAAUCACAAUUUUGGUUUGUUUAAUUUACUGUGUCAUGUUGUAUAUUUUUUUUUGUUCUAUGCAUAUUAUUAACAGUUUGUUCUUUGUACAGAAUUCUUCCCAUAUUUUUUUGCCUUUCAUGAAUUGGAAGGAUUGAGCAUUACCAUAAUAACAAUUUGAUGUCACCUUUUACAAUCUAACACAAGUCACAUAAUACAGUAUUUCCUU